AUGCUCUCCUUGAUCGCCAUCCCACGCUUCCAGCUUCGCUUGAAGGUAUGGGACUUCGGGAAUUCCUUCCAGGAGAAGUUCGAUCACAUUGCAAACGAUGUGAAGGGAGUAUCUCGAGGGUGUGACUGCUUGCUUACAUCGAUGCGCAUGAGGCAUUUGCUUGGUGUAGCCUUGCACGCUGGAAACUUCCUCAAUGGAGGAACACCGUGGGGAGCUUAG